AUGUAUCUAGCUAUAAUAAUUUUACCACUAUUAGGAUCAAUAGCAUCUGGUUUUUUUGGUAGAAAAAUCGGAGUUUCAGGGUCACGAAUAAUUACAUGUACAGCUGUUAUAAUGACAACUGUUUUUGCUGUAGUUGCCUUUUUUGAAGUUGGAUUAAAUAAUAUACCUGUGUCAAUAGAGUUGUUCAGAUGA